ACAUGUACGUGUAACUGUUGGUCCUGCGUAUAUAUUGCUUUUAGUUCACUAUUUAAAGAAAAUAAAAAAGAAAAAAAACCGUACGUACAUAUCAUGUACAACCUAAAGAGCUCUUUAUAAGCACCAAAAUUGAAACCUUAAUUCAUAUUCUAUCAAAAAAGAAAAAAAGAAAAAUAACAAAGAUAUAUCUGUUGUCUCUAUAUACAAAAAAAUAAUGAACCCCAUCUCAGUUUUCUGCUUUCUGACUCUUCUCUCCAUUGGUUUGAACAAAAUUCCUCAAGUUUAUGGAGAUUUGAUCUCUGACACGUGUGGCAAAGCUUUGUACAAAGAUGUUUGUGAGAAGACACUCCGGGCGGAUCCUAAUAGUCGCGGGGCCAAGGUGGAUGGCUUAGCCAAAAUUGCCUUGAAAGCAGCGUCUUCAAGUGCCAAAACCACCCAAGGCCAAAUCACAAGUCUACUUAAAACGGCCAAGGAUAAGGCUGUUAUAGCUGCCUUGAAAGAUUGCAAUGAGAAUUAUGAUGGUGCCAAUUCUCAGCUUAAUGAUUCACUGAAGGCCAUGGUUAACAAACGCUACGCUGAUGUUAACAUUUGGGUCACGGCUGCCAUGACCGAUGGAGACUCGUGUGAGGAUGGCUUUAAGAAAGGUACUUCACCUUUGACCCAAGCCAAUACAAACUUUGGUCAACUUUGCAGUAAUGUCUUGGCCAUAACAAACCAAAUUAAAUAAAUCAAUUUUUUUUAUCAAGGCCAUUGUUUUAUAUUUUAUUAUUAAAAUAAGAAUAACGAUAUUGUAAAAAGCAUGAAGUGUAAAAUAUGGAGUUGUUAUUAUAUCUUAAUAAUAAUUUCAUUUUUAUUUGACAAAAAAAGAUUUCAUUUAUAUAUACAUAUUUAUAUUGGUUAGUCUUCUUAGCAAAAAUUUCUUCUUAUCAAAUUUUUUUAUUUGUUGUUUAUUAUUGACAGUAAGACAAAAUUGA